UGCUGCGUCGGUAUCUCCUAGGGAGGCACCUGCAGACCAGGUCAGCAUGCGGACUGAUGGUCUGCCCUCUGCCGUGCCCGUGCUGCGAAGAUACGGAUAAUCUCUGAGUGUCCCUGUUCAAUUAUUCUCCGACCAAACCUAGCAGCUCUCCCUAGUAGUAGUACCUAACAAGCUGCAACAAUGGCGGUAAUGAGCUCUGGCGGCCUUCUACCCACGCUGUGCUGCCUCUGCUACGUGCUGUCCUCCGUCCACGUUCCCCUCGCCGCCUCGCUCUCUUUCCAUUUCAACUUCUCAGACCCCGAUUCCACCUGCACCGCCCAGAACGCGGAGCUGGCCUGCUCCAGCGACGCCUACUUCCACAGCACCGAGGACGCGAUCGAGCUGACCAAGAACGGCAUGGACAACCACAACAACAAAAGCGUCGGGCGGCUGGUGUACACGCAGCCGAUACCCCUCUGGAACGGCGCCACCGGCGAGCUCGCCAGCUUCACCACCUCCUUCACCUUCCGGAUCAAGCGAGCACAACCGGGGUCCCCGAGCGGCGACGGGAUGGCGUUCUUCCUCGCGCACCACCCCGGACGGGUGCCCCCCAGCAGCUUCGGCAGGAACCUGGGCCUCUUCAACGACAGCACCAACAGGAACGCCACGGGCGACGACCGCGCCGUGGCGGUCGAGUUCGACACGUUCGAGAACGACGAGUUGGAGGAUGCGGAUGGCAACCACGUCGGCAUCGACGUCAACUCCAUCGUCUCUACCGAUUCCAUCUCGCCCGACAAGAGCAUCAAGUCCGGCGAGACCCUGGCAGCCGACGUCGCCUUCGACAACACAACGGAGACGCUGUCCGUCACCCUCUGGAUGAGCGGGGCACCGUACCGUGUCAGCGCCAACGUCGACAUGAGGAAAAGCUUGCCCCAGAUGGUGGCCGUCGGCUUCGCUGCUUCCACCGGCAACAACGUGGAGAUGCACCAGCUCCUGUCGUGGUCCUUCAACUCUACCCUGGCGUCGUCGAAGGAUGGUGAGACCAGGCCACCUGCGCCCUCUCAGGCCAUCGUCUCCAAAAACAAAUCCAAGGCGCGUAGCAGCGCGAUAGCAGUGUCUUCUGCAGCUGCGUUUGUGGUCGUGUGCGCUUUAACUGGGUUUCUUCUAAGGCGGAAACUGAGGAUGUGGAAGACGUCCAAGGAAGCAUCCGGCGCCGGCGAGCUCGACGACGACGAACACGACGGAGAGGAGGCUGAGUUUGAGAAGGGCGUCGGCCCAAAGAGGUAUUCCUAUCGCGAACUCGCGGCCGCGACGCGCAACUUCUCGGAAGAGACGAAGCUCGGGCGAGGCGGCUUCGGCCACGUCUACCAGGGCCGCCUCAACAUUGACGGCCAGGACCGCCGCGUGGCCAUAAAGAAGUUCUCGGAGUCGUCCAUGCAGGGGAGGAAGGAGUUCGAGGCCGAGGUGAAGAUCAUCAGCCGGCUGAGGCACCGCAACCUCGUGCGGUUGAUCGGUUGGUGCGACUGCUGCAAGGGGCUCCUCAUCGUCUAUGAGCUCGUGUCAGAGGGCAGCCUUGACAGGCACAUAUACAACGCUGCCAGGUGGCUUACCUGGCCUCAAAGGUACAAGAUCAUCAUCGGCCUGGGGUCGGCGUUGCGGUACCUGCACGCGGAGUGGGAGCAGUGCGUAGUGCACGGCGACAUCAAGCCGAGCAACAUCAUGCUGGACUCCUCGCUGGACGCCAAGCUGGGCGACUUCGGCCUGGCGAGGCUGGUCGACCACGGCGUCAAGCCGGCCACGACCAAGGUGGUGCUGGGCACGGCGGGCUACAUCGACCCGGAGCUCGUGAACACGCGCCGCCCGAGCGCCGUGUCGGACGUCUACAGCUUCGGCGUCGUCCUCCUGGAGCUCGUCACGGGCCGGCGCCCCGUGGAGGAGCCCGACGACAGCGACGAGCUGUUCGUGCUGAUCAGGUGGGUGUGGCGCCUGUACGGCAGGAACGCCAUCGCCGAGGCGGUGGACGAGAGGCUGAAGCUGGUAGGAAGGGAAGGCGAUGGGGGCGGUGGCGAGGUGGAGGAGGAGGAGGAGCGCGGACAGAUGGAACGCGCGCUGGUGGUGGGGCUGUGGUGCGCUCAACCCGACCGCGGCGACCGCCCGUCCAUCGCGCACGCCAUGCACGUCCUGCAGUCCGCGGACGUGAAGCUGCCGGUGCUGCGGCCGCACAUGUACGCCAGCGCCGCCGACACGGUUCAUAGUACCAUUGCCAUGGGAGGAGAUGGUUACAGCGAGCUGUCUUUCGGGGUGACGUCCACUGAUGGUAGCGACACGUCGACUACUAGCGAGAGGGAAAGCAAAUGAUCGAAACGGUAUUCAUGCCCAGCUCUAUUAGCAGCGGCUAUUUAUGAUCCAUAUACUGGCAUAAUGCAAUCCUAUACUCUCCUAUGGGCAAGGCUACAAGUGGGGAGCUGUCAUUCUUCGCAUUACUGUAACUAAGAACUAAUCAAGUGGUCAGUUGGUAUUAAUGUUGUUGCCAGCAGGUACCCAAUUAACCUGCAUGCCCAAAUCCAUAUCUGUUACAUCUGAGAAGGGUAUGGAUUUAACCAUUCGCUUAUGAG